AUGUCUUCCUCCGCUUCCUACCUCCAAGCACUCCUCUCCACCUCUUCCGUCCCUCCAGAAUACCAACAAACCAUCGAAUCCCUCAUAUCCUCCCCCAACUCUCCAGAAACUCAAGCCAUCGAAGCCCUUCUUCGCCUCGUCUCCAACGGGCCCUGCCCUCCCUCCGCCAACCUCCAAACACAAUCCACCUGGUCCUCAUUCCAGACACGGGUCACCGAAACAUUAGCUUCCCUCAUCCCAGAAACGAGCACGGGCACAAACGGGACGAGACGAAAACGUUCUCCCUCGCCCGAAGGACCUAGCACGCCACCCAAAAAACUCAAACCCUCGCCCUCAUCCUCGUCCGCACUCCUAGCCACGAACCCAAACCUAAAACCAACGACAGAAGCUCAAGAUCUUCCACUAUUCACCCUCCCCGCCCUUUCGCUCACCUCUCCCCUGCGCAAAAAGCUCACGAUCACGAUCCACCAAGCUUCCCUACGCCUGACGAACCCCACGACCAACGCCCUCGAAUACCCGCCUAUCCCACUAUCGCAACUCAAACGAUGUUUCUUACUCCCGACAAGGGGAAAGGCGAAGUUACACUGGACCGUCAUAUUGAUGAGUGGAGAUGUACCAGACAAGGCGAAGGGUGGAGCGAAAGGGAAGGCCAACGACAAGGAGAAGGAUACAGCGAAGGAGAAGGAGGUGGCGAAUGUGCAAGUCACGUUCGGAAUCGACGCAGAGCCAACUACAGCGUUCGCCACCACGACAUACCCCACUUCCGAAUCCAAAUCCGAAUCUGAAAAUGUCCCUUCAACGACCACUCACCCCAAAGGAACGCCCUCUAGACCUUCCCUUCUAACGUUCCUUUCCCAUCUACCCGAAGCCUGCUCCCUCCACACUCCGGUUCCUCCUUCCAUUCCUUCUGCUUCCCUUGCCUCUUCAACGAACCCAAAGACAGACCCCGACGACUCAUCAGCCGCGACAUCAACUGGGCCCAUAGCUCGCGGCAUCACGGCCUACCGCGGCGCCAAGGAAUCCACCAUCUGGUUCUUCAAACAAGGUCUGCUUCUCGAGUCUAAACCCUGCGAGUUCUGGGCCCUGCAUGAUUUAGCCCCGCCGAGCGAGGAGUCCGAGGCCGGGGUGGCGGGGUAUGAGGAAGGGGUGAGGAUGUUGAGCGCGACGGGGCGGACUUGUUCGGUGUUUUUGAAGAGGAGGGCGGAGAGGGUUGGAGGUGGCGAUGGGAAAGAAAAAGCGGGAGGGGCGGAUGGAAAAGGGAAUGGCGCGGGGGAAGAGGAGGAAGAGGAAGAGAUGAUGGAAGGCGAGGAGACGGAGCUGGGGAUGGUGGAUGGGAAAGAGCAGGAGGGGAUUAGGGAGUGGGUGAGGAAGUAUCGAUCUUCUUUCGGGCGCGUUCCUUCCUCUUCGUCGUCAUCUGCAUCGAAACCACAUCAAGCCACUUCUUCGCCGUCGAAAUCGAACGCGAACGGAAAAGACAGCAAGGGAAAGGGCAAAGCUCAAGAGACGGACAAGAUGGAGGUAGACGGAGAAGGCGAUGGCGAGGCAGAUUCGGACUCGGAUUCGAACUUUGAGGUGGAUAGUAGUGAUGACGAUGGAGGAUCUCCUUCGUCUGGUUCGGAUUCCGACUCUGAGGGUGACUCUGAUGGGGGCUCGAAUGCGAGUGAUGCGGAGACUGGGGACGAGGGUGAGGAUGGCGAGGAUGACGAAGGUGGCGGUAGCCAGGAGGAAGAGGACGAGGAAGAAGAGGAAGCACUAGACCCGAAACAUCAUCCCCUUCUGCGGCCAGGGGCUAUGCCGAAGAAAAUGUCGAAGGCGACUAUGGACGCCGCUGUGGGUAUGGUCCUUGGAGAUAUGAUGGGCGGAGGGUCGAAAAAGGACACAAAAGGGUCGAAGAAAGUAGUGGAAGUGGUGGAGAUGGAUGAAGGGGAGGAUGGCGAGGAUGAGUUGGAAGAUUGAGCGGAUGAGCGAGACGAUGAUGUUAUAU